GAUUGUGCCACUUCUCCCCGCCCACCAAAUUUCCGACACACAGAAAUCGCAUCGAAUCAUCAAAGAUUAUCCCACCAAAAAUCGCAAAAUCUUGACUAGAUUCAAGCAUCGUUGUUAUCGCCAAACCCGAGUUCGACUUCCCCACCACCCACUUCCACCAACUCUACAUUCGGCACAGAUCUAUCAAAUUUGCGAUCAUGGCCGAUUCUUUAAAGGAUGCGCCGUUCAAGACGGUCCAGGUCGAGGCGUUGGUUGUGUUGAAGGUAGUUAAGCACUGCUCAAACAGUUUCCCUACGACUGCCACUGGAUCGAUUGUGGGCAUGGACAAGGAUGGAGUUCUUGAGAUCACGAAUGCUUUUCCCUUUCCGACAGUUGAUCUAGCAAGCGUUGAAGGCGGCCACCAGAAUGACGCAUCUGCUCUUGCUGCUGCCGCGCCUCGCGCCAAAUCAAACAUUAUCUACCAAAACGAAAUGAUCCGUCACCUCAAGGAGGUAAAUGUCGACGCCAACAAUGUCGGCUGGUAUACGAGUGCGACCAUGAGCAACUUUGUCAACUCAAGCUUCAUCGAGAACCAAUACCACUACCAGCGCGACAAUGACCGAACUGUGGCCUUGGUGCACGAUGUUAGCCGAAGCUCGCAGGGUGCGCUUAGCUUACGAGCAUUUAAGCUCACGCAGACCUUCAUGGCGGCUUUCAAGGAAGGCAAAUUCACCACCGAGAGUCUACAAAAGUCCAAGCUCACCUUCAAAGAUAUCAUCGUCGAGUUUCCCAUCCACAUUCACAACUCGCACCUCCUGACAUCAUUCCUCCACCAACUCCCUAAUUCUCCCACUGACGGAGAGGUUAAAAUGCCGACAUCUCUUUCCGAGAUUGAACGUUACCCUGUCAAGAUGCCUCUUCACCCAUCGACCGAUAUCCUCGAUCUCUCGAUCGAUCCCUUCCUAGAGAAGACUUGCGAUCUUCUGCUUGAUAGCAUCGAGUCACACUACACCGAACUUAACAACCAUCAGUACUACCAGAGACAACUCGCUCGCGAGCAAACUAAGAUUACAGCGUGGCAAACGAAGCGAAAGGCUGAGAACGCUGGAAGAGUUGCGGCUAAGCAACAACCACUUCCGGAGGAUGAAUGGCAGCGGAUCUUCAAGCUUCCCCAAGAGCCUAGCCGACUGGAGGGUAUGUUGAAUGCAAAGCAAGUCGAGCAGUAUAGCAAGCAAAUAGAUGGGUUCACAGCCAAUAUCAGUGCCAAGAUGUUCGCUGUUCGAGGCAAUCUUCUCCCAGAAUAAGCUGGAUUGGCAGGAGGAAGGGGUUAAUCGGUGUACAUGCAUGUGGCCUGGCGUCCGGUGGUAUCUUAGGGUUUCUGAGGGUCUGUAGAACCAAUUCUACCAAGUUCUUUGAAAAACAUCCAGCCCAUUUCAUCUCUUAUAGGGAGGGGCAAGUUAAGAGGUCAAGCAUUUCGAAGUUGAGACUGAGGGCAGCACCACACAUUGAUCCAGUUUAACGAAUUUUGCGAGAUUGUAGAGAUAAGAGACUAGGACACCUUGAUCGAAAUACCUACUCCAACACGAUUAGGGGAUAGACAUAUUCGUCAAGUUCAUAUUGGGAAAGCCCAAUUUUAAAGUGCCCCGGCUCAGCAGUCCGAUCUAUGUGGUUUGUAGAGAACUUAGAGAUAUAAGGAGAGAGAAAAGAAAGCUUUGAUUUAUUAUACCGAAGACAUACAGAAAAGGGGAACUAUACAUGUACACGCAUAGUUAUCACAGUAAAAAUUAUAUUGUACGGUUCUACCCUUAAUGAAGUAGGAUCAACCUUGAGAGCCUUUUACUCCCGAUUCUUCCGCGCUGGUCAGGACUUACAUAAGAGCACUACAUAUAGUACUACACGGAGUUACUGAU